CAUAAGUUUUGUUCUUGAGGAGCAAGUAAAGAAAUGCUUUCAUUUUGUAAUUAAAGUUUUUCUCAUUUUGUCUUUAUUUGUUGGUCACUCAGAAUUCCACUACAACACAUUGACCAUAUUAAAACUAUUUUUUCUGUUGUUGAUUUCAUUUUUGCCUCUUUAAUUACCUUUUAAGCUCCUUCUAUGAAGGUUCUUACUACUCACUACAGUUGCGUUUCAUCCUGUUUUAAUAAGCUUGACUUGAUUCUAUAGCCAAAGCUACAAUCUUGGGUUCCUUCAUUUCUGAUUUUAUCUCAUUAUACAAAAAAGUUUCCUUCUUUCUGUCAAAUUUGUGUCAAUUUGUCUCUUAAUUGGUUGAUUUUUGAUUGGUUUUAGCAUUAGAAAGAUUGGUUCUUGUUGGGAAGUUAGGUAGAGUUGUUGUUCUCUGUAAAAUUUGUGUCAAUUUCCAAGUUAAUUGCUUGUUUUCUUGGUUAGAUUUUGGUAUAUAUUGUUGGGUUUUUGAGAAAUCAUAGCAAACAAGCAAAAAAAAAAAAAAUCUUGUUGGGAAUUAUGAAUUCUGUAUUUGUUGAUUCUGAUUUCAUUAACAAUAUCUUCAAAUUUAAUACUGAAUUUAUUUCAAACCUUCCAAAGAACUCACCUUUUGGAGAAUUCUUCCAAAACCCUGAUUUUGUUGAUCUUGAAAACCUUCCAUUUGAUGAAAAUGAGAGUAAAAUAAGUUCAGAACCCACAAAUUUGAUUGAUUUGGAUGCCCUUUCACUUGAACAAAAUGAGAGCAAUAACAGUUCAGAAGCUCCUGACUUUCCUGAUGAUUGCCUAAAGUUCAUUAGUGAUAUUCUUUUGGAAGAAAAUUUAGAUGAAAAUCCUGCUUCUGCACGAGAGUUUCAGGCUCUCCAAGCUACUGAGAAAUCAUUAUAUGAUGUUAUUGGGGAAUCAUACCCAUACCCAUACCCUUAUCCUCCAUCUGAUUCAACUCUGACUCAAAACCCUGAAAGCCCACAUGCCACUUCUUCUACUCAAAGUUUUAGUUCUUUAGACUCAAACUUGAGUUUUAACCAACCUGAAUUAGACCCUAUUGUUAAUGUGGAUGAUUUUGUUCAAUCCUUCUUAGAAUUGAAUCCCCAACCCUCUUUUGAGGAUGCUGAGAAUGGACUAGUUAGUGAUAUUGUUGUUACUAAGCUCUCAUCGAGUCCCCCAUCAAAGAAGGAGAAGUCGAUAAAGGGAUUAAGUAGGAAGAAAAGCCGGCAAAGGGAUGAGGGUGAUGAAGGGGGGAGAACUAGGAGGAAUAAGAUUCAAGCAUUUAGUAAUGAAGAGUUUGAUGAGAUGGAUCAAUAUGAUGAUGUAUUGCUUUGUAGUGAAUAUAAUGUGAAUUCGUGUUUUAGUCCUAAUAAAGAAGGUGAUCGGAGUAGAAAAUCUCGAGGGAAGAAGCAAAACAUUAAGGUAGAUGAAGUAGAUUUAAGGAGUGUAUUGAUUCAGUGUGCACAAGCUGUUAUGAUCUUUGAUCAAAGGACUGCAAAUGAGUUGCUUAAGCAAAUAAGGCUGCAUUCUUCACCAUAUGGUGAUAGCAUCCAACGGCUAGCUCAUCAUGUAGCGAAUGGUCUAGAGGCGCGUUUAGCUGGCACUGGCUCGACCGUGUCGACGAAUAUCUCUGAUAUGCAGAUCUCAUCAUCCGAUUUCUUGAAAGCUUACAAGCGUUACGUUUCAGCCAUUCCUUUCAAAAGAAUGAAUUUUUAUGUCGCCAACACUGCAAUAUAUAAGUUGGCUGAGAAAGCAACCAAAAUACAUAUCAUUGAUUUUGGGGUAUUCUUGGGUUUACAAUGGCCCUGUCUCAUUCAAAAGCUAUCGAAACGAACAAACGGAGGAGGUCCUCCGAAAGUUCGUAUUACUGGAAUAGACCUUCCUCAACAUGGGUUUAGGCCAUCGGAAAGGGUGAAUGCGACUGGGCGUCGGUUAGCUGGUUAUUGUGAGAAAUAUGGAGUGGAUUUUGAGUAUCAGGGAAUAGCUGAGAAAUGGGAAAAUAUAGAGCCAAAAGAUCUGAAGAUUGAGAGUGAUGAGAUGGUUAUUGUGAAUUGUAUGUGCAGGUCUGGAACUUUAGCUGAUGAGACAGUAGAUAGAAAUAGUCCAAGGGAUGCUUUCUUAGAGUUGAUAAGAAAGUUAAAUCCUGAUCUUUUCAUUCAUGGAAUUGUGAAUGGUACAUUUACAGCUCCAUUCUUCAUCAAUCGGUUCAAAGAGGCGGUGUUUCAUUAUUCGUCUAUCUUUGAGGUGUUCGAUGCAACAUUACCUCGGCACUUACACGAAAGAUUGCUGAUUGAGAGCGAGGUUUAUGGGAAAGAGCUUACAAAUGUGGUGGCAUGUGAGGGUGCUGAGAGAAUACAAAGGCCUGAAACAUACAAGCAGUGGCAGGUGAGAUCAGUAAGGGCAGGUUUAAGACAGGUUGCUCUAGACAGGGAAAUUGUGAGGAAAGCAAAGGGUAUGAUAAAGGCUAAUUACCAUAAAGAUUUUCUGGUUGAUGAAGAUAGACAUUGGAUGGUCCAAGGUUGGAAAGGAAGGAUCUUCUGUGCUCUCUCCUUUUGGCAACCCUCUUGAGUACUUAGUCAUACUGAUGUUUGUAAUGUCUUUUUCUUAAUGUAACAUAAUUUGGCCAUUAUUUCCUGGCUAAUCUAUUAGAAGUUAUUGUUCAACAA